AUGGCGGCCGACUCGAUCCCGCCGCCUCUGAGCCAGGGCGUAGGCUAUGGCGUCGUGCUUGGCUUCGGAUUCGCAUUUGCUGGUGUCAUGUUUUACAUCACGCAGCUCCUGUGGCGCUUCAAUGGAGAGAACAACUCGCACUUUGAGACGUACGCCACUGCAGGCCGAAAAGUGGGUACAGGCCUUACGGCUACCGCUGUGUUUUCGUCAUGGGCUUGGUCGACUGCGCUGCUCUCGUCAUCAGUUGUCGUCUUCUCGUUUGGCGUAGGUGGCUCGUACUGGUUUGCUGCGGGCUGCUUGGUGCAAAUUUCGGCAUUUGCGUUGCUUGCUAUCCAAAGCAAGCUCAAAACGCCGCACGCACAUACGGUUCUCGAAGUGGUCAAGGUUCGAUAUGGCACUGCGGCGCAUUGGCUCUACAUGUUUUUCUGCCUGGCCAACAAUCUGAUCGCCAUCGCCAACAUGCUUCUCGGUGCCUCUGCUACGGUUUCAGCAUUGACAGGAAUGCACAUCAUCGCUUCGACUUUCCUGCUCCCCGUCGGCGUCUGUCUCUACACCAUCUCGGGAGGUCUGAAAGCCACGUUUUUGACCGAUUGGAUGCACAGCGUGGCGCUCCUCAUCAUCGUCCUCUUCUUGACGCUCAAGACUAUCACCAACGAUGCGGUACAGUCUCCCGGUCAUCUUUGGGAGCUCGUCAAGCAGCACAAUGUCGACAACCCCAUCGCUGGAAACUAUCGCGGAUCGGCCUUGACCAUGACUUCAAAAAGUGCCGUGGAAUUCGGUGUUCUUCAUACGCUCGGAAACUUUGGUCUUGUCGCGCUUGAUAGUUCGUAUUGGCAGAAGGCGUACUCUGCGGAUAUCUCGGCGGCGGUGCCGGGGUACGUGUUGGGCGGAGUGCUGUAUUUCGGACUGCCGUGGUGUCUGGGUACGGUGAUGGGACUUGCCGGGUGGUCGUUGCAGACGAAUCCGAUCUGGCCGGCGUAUGGGCGAGAGCUUUCGUCGACCGAGUUAUCCGACGGACUGCCACUUGCAUACACUGCGCUUGCUGUGGCAGGUAAAGGUGGAGCUGUAGCAGUCGUCAUUCUUAUCUUCAUGGCAGUAACGUCGACCACUUCGGCGCAGCUUAUCGCGGUCUCGUCUAUUAUCAGCUCAGACGUCUACCAUACCUACAUUCGUCCUAACGCGAGCGAUAAGCAGGUCAUCCGCGUCUCGCGCGCGGCGUGCAUCGGGUUUGCCAUCUUCGCAUCCGCGUUUUCGACCAUGUUGUACUAUAUUGGUAUCAGCCUCACUUGGACACUGUACUUUUUGGGACUCAUCACGUGCCCGGCUAUGGUCACGUUGCCGUUGACGGUGUUGUGGAAGAAACAGACUUGGUGGGCUGCCACGGUGUCGCCCGUGGUGGGGAUGGUCGCUGGUAUCGCCACAUGGCUAGCUACUGCAAGCAGCUACGGUGGCGGAGUGUUGAACGUCACCACCACGGGAGAGCUGUUGCCGUGUUUGUGGGGCACCAUCGUUGCCGCUUUUGUGCCAGCAAUUCUGUCGCCUUUGAUCACACUGGCUUUUCCGCAACCCGUCGAUUUCGCAUGGGAAAGGUUCAACGAGAUCAAGCUCAUCCAAGACGACUCGUCGCGCUCUUCGUCUACUGACGAUCUGGCGCAAGAGAAACUCGCCACAACUCACGCCCAACGCGUCGCAGAUGCUCACGCCUCGAAAAGCGUGCCUUACUCGGACGCCGAACGUCGAUUCAUGAACAAGCAAUCCGCCGUUGCAGGCUGGACGGGUCUCGCUCUCUUUAUCGCUGUAUGGGUGCUGUGGCCGUUCAUCAUGUAUGCGGCCAAGUACGAAUUCAGUCGGCCGUUUUUCGUUGGCUGGGUCGUCGUCGCUGUGAUUUGGGCAUUUGCCGCGCUCCUCAUCUUCACCUUCUUGCCCCUCUGGCAGGGAAAACGUCUGAUUGUCACAAUCGUACGUGGCGUCUUAACAGGCAAGGAUGACAAUGCCCAUGACACCGUCGCCACAACAGCUAGCUCUACUACGCCAAUCGAGCAGCGUGAGCCAGGUGCCAGCUUCACGUCAACCUCUUCUUCGGCUUGA